CCUCACAAUCUCACCAACCCAACAGGCUGCCACCCACCGAUAUUAUCACUCAUGCCCGCCAUUUCCCCUUCCCCCUCUCUCUUAACUCACCAUUCAUGGUGGCCCGUCAUCCUUUCCGGACCUGAUUGCACCCUUCCGGCAGGAUGGUCCCUUGGAGCCAUCCUUCUGUGGCCCUUGUAGGCCUCCUGUCACUCUUCUUCUUCGGCCCGGCCAUCACCCCCGUCGACGCCAACCGCCUUAGACCAGCCAACGCCGCCGCUGCUGCCACCACCUUCCCCUCCUUCCGCGAGGCGCCCAUUUUCCGCAAUGGCGAGAAUUGUUCCUCCCAGAGCAUCCACAUCGCGAUGACUCUCGACACCAACUACCUCCGGGGAUCCAUCGCCGCCGUGCUCUCGAUCCUCCAGCACGCGUCGUGCCCUGAGAACCUGGCGUUCCACUUCCUCUCCUCGCGCCGAGAGCAGGAGCUGCACCAGAGCAUGAGGGCCACCUUCCCCUACCUGAACUUCAGGCUCUACCGCUUCAACCCGGGGUUGGUCCGUGGCAAGAUCUCGACGUCGAUCCGCCAGGCGCUGGACCAACCUCUCAACUAUGCGCGGAUCUACCUCGCCGACGUCCUGCGGCCUGAUAUCCGGCGGGUCAUCUACCUGGACUCCGACCUUGUGGUGGUCGAUGACAUUGCCAAGCUGUGGGAAGUGGAGCUGGGGGACAAGGUGCUGGGCGCGCCGGAGUACUGCCAUGCAAAUUUCACCGACUACUUCACCGAUGCCUUCUGGUUGGACCCCAAGUUCUCGAGGACCUUCGAUGGCCGGAAGGCCUGCUACUUCAACACCGGCGUCAUGAUCAUGGACGUUCACAAGUGGAGGGAAGGAGGGUACACCAGGAAGAUCGAGAAUUGGAUGAUGAUCCAGAGGCACACCAGGAUAUACCAACUGGGCUCGCUGCCUCCUUUCUUGCUGGUCUUCGCCGGCAACAUCCAAAAUGUUGAACACAGGUGGAACCAGCAUGGACUUGGAGGCGACAACUUCAAGGGUAAUUGCAGGACCCUCCACCCCGGCCCGAUUAGCUUGCUGCACUGGAGUGGCAAGGGGAAGCCAUGGCUGAGGCUGGACUCUAGAAAGCCCUGUCCCGUCGACGGCCUCUGGGCGCCGUAUGAUCUUUUCCGGUCAUCGUCCUUGUUGCUCGAUGAAUGAUCGAGCGGUGUAUCAUCUGCACGUCACGGCAGUGGCAACGGCGACGACGGCGACGGCGAUUGCGACGGCGACAACUUAGAUUUCUACUAUUGAUGAUGAUGGUGAUGACCAUUUCUACCAUUACUGGUCCCAGAAUGAGGAGCUCUUGGAGUUCAGACAGCGGGGGCAUUUUAAGUUAACGUAUAGGAGAGACAGAGAUAGAGAGAAACACAAGCCAUUGCUGGGUUUGGUUUCUUAAGUCCAAUUAGAGGUUUAAAAAACAACAAAAAAAUUUAUAAUUAUCUUUGAUGAGAAAAAUGGGGAAGACAAUGGUGUUCACACAUGCAGGCAUCAUAUAAAUUAAAAAAAAAAUUAGUUUUUUUAUUUUGUUCCGAUGCUUACGCUUAUUUGAUUUCCUACAAACGUUUUUAUAUAUAUGUCCUUAUUCACUAUAAUAAAUUAAAACUGUUAAGUGCUAACCUUUGCUUGCAUUGCUGAUUUAGUUGCAUUUACAGUUCGAUUUCCAGAAUUCCCACCUCCUUUUCCUGAAAAAAAAAAGUAAAAAUAAAAAGAAUUAACACUCAUUUCAUGAGAACUUCAUGUAUUUAUUGUUCACAGUGAUCUAUCUAUUAUCUUUUCUUUUCCGUCGCUUAGAAUUCAUGAAACAAAUCGUUCGCAUCACUAAUGAUCAGUAAGAGCUUGUUGAACUUGUACAUUUUUCUAAUGU